CAAUUGUCAAACAGAAUGAUAGCAUUAUGAAGGGAGAUGUCACCAAUGAGGAGUACCUACAAUGCCACAAGGAGCUCUUCCGGUACGAAACUCCCUCUGAUACAACCUUUUCAACACGGAAUAGAGGCAAGAAGGGAAAUCCAGGAAAUACCUCAGGGUCUGAUAAGGAUGAUCAGAGUCAAGGAAAUCUUCCCUCUUCAGAGAGUUUUGGACAGGUUGAAUACCAGGGAAAAACUAAGAUUGAUAAUCCGACCCAAAUCUCUGAGAGCAAGGAAGAGACUUCCUCAGAGAGCAGCAGUAACUUUAAUGUCAGUGAUGAUCCAUCGGACAAGAAUAGUGCCUACAAGAUCCCUGAGAAAAAUUUUGUGAACACAAGUGAAUUUAUUGACCAAGAUUGUGACCUCUCUGUGACUAAUUCGAGCAUUAAAUCUAUCUCUAACAGACUAAGCCAGAUUGAAAGUAUAACUACUGAUUCCAUGGUAAAGUCCUCUCCUGAGGAGAUGUCUCUGAACACUGAUGUAAAAAGGCAGGUUUACCAAGAACAAUCUAAGGAAAGAUCAAGACUCUCUAAUUAUGAGAUGAGCAUUGAUGAAGAGGCCAAAAGCAAGUAUUCAAAAGACCAGAUUCAAGAUAUCGUGGAUAGCUUAAGGGAAGAGUUUAAGUAUGGUCAAAAGAUGAUACAAGAAAGUAAUGACUCUCUUCAAGAUCUACUUAAGCCCUCUCCUCAUCCUUGAAAUUGCAAAGAAAUAGUACAAGAGCAGCUUAAAUAAAUACUCAGAUCUGCUUAUGAACAGUGAUGGUUACUUCCAUAAUCAUAUCGGGAUCAUGAAAUUAGGUAAAGAAGGAGAAGGCCAAAUGCAAUCCCUUAUCUAUAAAGUUGUCAAUAAUUACAGAUACUUAUACAAUCUUGCCAAGUUCACAGGAAGAGACCAGCUAGAUGUCGAGAAAUAUGCCCAAAAGAUGAUAGAGUACGACCAGAGGAAAGUUGAGCUAAAAUGGAAAGAUAUUAACUGCGAAAGAUGAAAAGACGAAGCAGCUGUGUUAAAUACAAUUAACUUCAAUGAUGAAGAAAAUGUUGAAAUUAGCCUUUGGAAUACAUGGAUGAUCACAGAAGCCUCUCUCAGGGACUAUGACCCAGAAGGGAGAUUUAAGUAUGCUUCACUAAAUUACAUUAAAUUUGAUGAAUUUGGCUUCCAAACAUUUGAGCCAGUAAGUCUCAGGUUAUUGGAUAUCUUUAUCCCUAUAAUUGAUGAGAAGCUCACUAUUUCUGCGGCUACCAUAUCUUUUUCGGACCUUCUCCAUAUCUUCGAGACUGCCGGCAAGCUGGAAACCUUGAAGUUAUACAACUGAAACUUGUUGUGACCUUCCUCAGAGAUAGAAGAGUGUAUUCCACUUCUACAAUUUGAGACAUUCGAGUUUCAUACGAAUUGUCUGAAAUCUCCAGAUGGAAGCGAAGCUACUUCAGCCUAAGAGGUCUCAAAUUCAGUCUCCUCUCACCUCAUGACUCCCCAAGAAUCCCCAAUCCCUCUCUUCACCCCAAUCCGAUCUGUUCCUCUCCUCACUGUGCAGACUGCUCUCUAAAAUUCCUAGCCUGUUACUCAUCAAGCUAGUCAACGUGCCAGGCAGCUCGCCUGGGCAGUUGCCCAGCUGAUUUGCCGAACAUGGAUUAGCAGAGAUAGUCCAAGCAGAAGAUAACAGUACCUAGGCAGUU